AUGAUAGGGCAAAUUUACGUAGAGAAGCUUUCCCCGAAGCCAGCCCCGGCAAACCCACCACUUCCUAUUAUCUUCAUUGCAGGAAUGGCCCAGACCGGCACCAAUUUCCUUGAUACUCCAGACGGACGGCCAGGAUGGGCAUCUUAUUUUAUUUCCAAAGGCCACACAGUCUACCUCUCAGACCAGCCGGAACGCGGCCGCUCCUUCUGGUUUUCCGGACAGGGAACAAACAACGGCAACCAAUGGCCACAGGCGAAGCUUCACACACAAUGGCCUGGCACCGGUCGCAUUGGCGACUCAACUUUCGACACUUUCUAUAGAAGCCAGGUGCAGUUCCAGACCGACAACUUGAUAAGCGAAGAACAAAAUGCGCAGGCAUAUUCAGCUCUAGUCGACCUCGUAGGCGACUGCUAUAUCAUCAGUCAUUCGCAGGCGGGUGCAUACAGCUGGAGGGUUGGAGACAUGCGUCCAGACCAAGUAAAGGGUAUUGUCCAGCUCGAGCCGUCUGGUCCACCGUUCACGUUCCGCCCACCGUUUGGAAAUGACCCGGCUUUCGCUUUCGGUCUCACUGACCUCGAAAUCGGAUACGAACCGUCUGCAGGCGAGAAUGCCGAAAAUAUUGACACAACGAUCGAGCCAGCAAUCGACGCUGAUCAUGAAGAGUGUAUUAUGCAGAAGUCCCCAGCGAAGCAAUUGACGAACCUGGCCAAAAUCCCAGAGCUUGUUGUUACUGGCGAAGCAUCGUUCCAUGCGCCAUACGAUUACUGCACCGUCAAGUAUCUGAAGCAAGUUGGUGUAGACGUUGAGUACGCGGAUCUAGGUAAAGAGGGCAUUCAUGGCAACGGGCAUAUGUUCUUCAUGGAGAAGAAUAACCUUGAGAUCGCAAACCUGGUGUAUAAGUGGCUGAAAAAGCACUAG